AUGGGAGCCAGAUUUUCACGUAUAGCAAAAAGGUUUCUUCCUAAGUAUAAAGUAAGGAUUUUGAUGGUUGGUCUUGAUGGUUCAGGGAAGACUACCAUCCUUUACAAGCUGAAGCUCGGUGAGGUUGUCACAACUGUGCCUACUAUCGGUAUGUCACUUAAACUCUUCUUUUCUAUAGGUUUUUUGAAUGAACUAGAAGAUGCAUGCGUACUCGUCUUUGCGAACAAGCAAGAUUCAAGAAAUGCAUUACCGGUAGAUGAAGUUGCCCACAAACUUGGUCUGCAUAGCUUAUCCAAACGUUGUUGGUUUAUACAGGGAACAUCGGCCAUCUCUGGCCAAGGUUUGUAUGAAGGGCUUGAAUGGCUCUCCAAAACUAUCCCAAACAAACCGGAACGGUCUACUUCGUUGGGAAGUUUCCGGAGUGAUUCCUCCGAGAGGAAGCUAGUCCGAGGUAUUAAAAGACUGAUCACAUAGUUGUCUUCCGUGUUCUAAGAAUUCCUAUGAUAUAGCGUUUUGCUUUACACGUUGAUCAUAUAGCAUAUAUUCUCCUAAUGAACUUUUACCACCUUUCUUUCGUCCGUUCUUUUCCCCUCUUGUCUUUCAUAUUUAAUUUGUUUUUCUUUAUCCCAAAAUUUCAUAUUUUUUUCACAUAGUAUUAUUCUUUUCAUAACUUGAAAUUCGGGACCCUAAAUAGUCCCUUCCAAAAAAGUUAAACUCAUAGCACAAUAGAUCGUUUAUCACUAAGCCACCAAACCUUUCAUCCUACAGUUUCUUUUUCCAUAUUGUAAAAUGAGUGAAAACUUACAAAAAUAUAUUAUUAGAAACAAAUAAAGUAUAUAUAACAGUCUUAAACAUCAUAAUUUUGUUUUGGUAAUAAACUGGACUAAUCAAGUUGGCCUGUGUGUGAUCUUUUUAUACCGAAUACAAGUAUUUAAAAACCAAAUUAUGUCUAGAUGAACUCAUCAUUAAACGUUCAAACAGAAUACGCUCAUUAGUUUAUUGUCAUAAUUUGUUUAUUCUUUAUUUGUUUAUUCUUGAUGUAUAAAUAAUUCUAUAAUGUUUAGAUAAUGGAUGAGGCUCUUACCAACCUUCUUGGUGAGCAUAAAACUAUGUUAUGAUGGUAAUAGAACCAUUAAUUAUGGUUGAAUUUAUUUAGUUAUUAUAAAGUUAGGCACUAAAAAAUGGGAUAGCCAAGAAACAGCUGUCCCCGGGUUAAGCCGCUGAUACCGAUAGUGACAAAAUUGGUUGGUACCAAUCCCACAAAUAAUUAUUUUGUUUCAACAAAUAUAAAUAACAGCUACCUUCUUUCAUGUGCGUAUCUUAGAAAAUAGACAAAGAUGUUUUCUGCCAUUUCUUAACUCUUUAAUAUUUGAUUCCGUUCGUGC